GUGUCAUUAGUGUUUUUGGUCGCUGCUAGUGUCGUCGAUAUUGGUCGCCGCCGGCGUAGUCAUUCGUUGAUGUUGUCAGUGAUUUUGUUCAUUUUGUUGGCAGUUUCGUCAUUUGCUGUUUGUUUUUAUUGGUGUAGUGUCGUCGUUUAUUGGUGUUGUGUCAUCGCUUAUUCGUCUUCGACUUUGUUGGCGUUGUUAUGUUUUGGGGCAUUUUAA